AACCACUUUGUUCAGUGAUCCAUCUUCUUCUCUUCACUUUCCAGUGAAUCUCUCGUGUUCUUCCAGCUCAAUAUAUCCACCAAUUAAGUUUUUGUUGGAUACUACAUACAGUGCAGGGCUACAAACUCAGCUCAAUAUACGUACAAGAAGAAAUCCUUUCCUCAGCGUCAAGUGAUACAGUUUUUUGUUAUCACUCCAAAGUCCAACCAACUCGGACUACGUUUUACAACUUAUUAUUUAAUCAUAGCAAAAAUUUCUCAGAGAAAUUUGCAUUUUUGACACAUUAUUCAAUAACACAAAUAAUUUACAAGAAAAUACCUACUUUCGUCCACUGAAAUAUAUCUACAAUAAUUUUUUCCCCUGGGAUUUUCUAAACCUGGCAAUUUUAUGAUAUUCGUGGCUUCAGAAUUUAACGUGAGAGUGGUGCUUGGUUUCAAAGUAGAAAGCUUUAACAUAAUUGACGUACUGAAGCCCUGUUCAUAUACCAGAACGGGUGAAAUGUCGUCUAUUCCAAUGGGAGCUUUUGCAGCCUAUAAGGUUCGGGACAAUAAUAACAGUGGGGCAUCAGCUCAGGAGAGAACUUUUUCGUUCCAAGCACAGUCCACGGCGUCUUCCGUUAACUUUGCAGAAAUGAAAUGCGAUCAACCGGAGCAAUACAACGGGAAACUUAUGAAAGCUGUGUGGGGGAUUUACAACCGGUAUUCGGUUCACAACAUUAAGUCUCAUAUUGCAUUCGACAAGGCUUAAGUUAGGCUUUUAUCAGAUUUACUUGAGAUAUUACUAGUUUUAUUAGAAUAACAAAUUUAACAAAUUGACACAUUAUAUAUAUUUUACUCAAAACUUGUAUUAUUUACAAUGAAUAAUCUCGAACUCAGAGUCAUAAUUGCUACUGAUUUAACCCUGUGGACUUGAAUCUUCUUGUGUGAUAUUCAUAAUUAAGUUACAUAAGUGCAUAAACAUGUUCGAUCCUCCAAAAAAAUUGGUUAUAAAUCAAAGAAUUUAAGAGUUUAUUGGUAUUGUACUACUACUAAUAAUAAUUGGUUACUAAUAUGAAAUUCCCACAAAUCUUGUAUGUGUAAUUUGCUGUUUAAUAAGUAUGUCUGAAAUCGUGAUUAGCAAGACUGGUAACUAGCUCAUGCAUAAAUCUGAUGGUCUAAUAAAGACAAGCCUGUCAAGUA